GCAUAAUUUAGUUAGCAUACAACAGUCAUCGCUGGCGCGUAUCUUCGUGGAGUCUGUGUUGCAAAAGGAUAAACCGUAGUUUUCGUAUGCAGUUCGAGCAGAGGGAAGGAUUUUAGACAUCCCAAACGUAACAGUAAAAAUGACAAUUUGCUCUCGUAGAAAGAGAAAAAGCGAUAGCAGGAAAACGUGAGCAAGUGAGAAAACGAAAGAUAGAACGACAGGAAUCGAUUUAAUGUUUUUGUUUACGACUUCCAAGCUGUGGCCAGAAAGGAACGGAUAAAGAAGUGCGACUCUCGGUACACGAGCCUGUGCAAGAAAAAUCAAAGUGGAAAACUUCGGAUCGAGAAGCAGUAAUAGCAGGAAACAAACCCCAGUGAUGGUGUGUCCGGUUUUCCGAUACCCGUAUGUGUCAUUGUCAAUAUUUGCCGAUGAGAACACAGGAUGCAGAGGCUGAAAAAAAUGCUUGAAGCCGCAAAGUGAGAGCUAACAUAAGGAAAAAUUGCGUGUCAACUGCCGUGAGUGAGCGACAAUAGCAAUCGGUGAAUGGCAUGCCGAGGUGAACCAAGGAAAUGAGGAAAAGUUAGACAUAACCUAGAGAAUUUGAAGGUGAAAAUUCAGCCGCUCGAGGGAACGAGGUAAAACCCAAGCUAAAGUUUUAAGCUGUGCCAUGACUUGUCGGUUAUGGAUCCUGUGCAAAGUUUCAACUGAGAUCCGCGAAGAAUGAAGAGCGGUAAAAAUCACGUAGUGAUAAGCUGAGGUGUGUGACUGGCGAGAAAAGUGUCGAGACGGAAAAUUAUAGUACAAGAGCUCCUCGAAUUGUGUGAUAUUGAAAAGUUUUUCUGUUGAUUUGACUCUGUCAACUCAGUUGUCUUGAUUUUAGUUCUGCCUCUGACACGUAACGAAAAUCAAAAUACACGGAGAAGAAAGUUGAAGUGAAACUGUGCCAAAAGUGAUGUCGCUCGAAUAAGUCACAGAAAAGGUGCCAAAGCAAAACGAAACUGAAUUGAAGUGCAAACAGUGCGAGAGAUCGUGAAAAAUUGAAUGGUGAUCGAAAAAUUAAACUACAUUCCCGCAGUGCGUCGGAUCAACUUCAUCGAACGGAAGCAACCUAGCCGAAGGAAAUAAUUGGAUAAUUUAAUUUUCUGGGGAUGCUUUAAUCUGCUUUUUUCCAACCCAGACUAGCUGGUGUUUUGUUCGUUUGACGUUACAAUAAGCCGUGUUAAGAUCAUACCAGAGUGCAGUUACAAAAUCCGUUUCUCCAGAGACCUUCAAAAAAUCCGUAUCCUGCUCCUUCUGUGAUGCGCCACAAACGGGAGCAACAAAGCAUGCAAAUGAACCACGAUUUUCUCCUGCAGUCAUCCAUACAUAUCUAUUAACUGAAACAGCUCACAGCAACGGAUCCAGCGUCCUGCUUCAGAAACAAACAGAUCAACGAAUUAUUUCACCUACAAUGAUGACAUCACCAAUGUACCUUCUAGUGCCGAUCGUGCUGAUUUCGGUCAGCAGUGGUGCGAAAAUGGUUCACACUGGCAGUCAACGGUUUGCCAUGGAACCCCAGGAUCAGACGGCAAUUGUUGGUUCCAAAGUGACGCUACCCUGCCGGGUCGAGUCAAAGGUCGGUCAACUGCAGUGGACUAAGGAUGAUUUCGGGCUUGGCUGGCACCGUAACCUAAGUGGCUUUGAGCGCUAUUCAAUGGUUGGAAGCGACGAAGAAGGCGAUUACUCGUUGGAGAUUUAUCCAGUGAUGUUAGAUGACGAAGCCCGGUAUCAGUGCCAAGUGAGCCCGGGAAAAGAUGGAACCCCCGGAAUUCGAUCGCGUUUCGCAACGGUGACUGUUCUGGUUCCUCCCGAACCACCUAAAAUCAUUCAAGGGGAUUUUCUUGUUACAACCGAAGAUCGCGAGAUCGAACUUGAAUGCGUCUCAAUUGGGGGCAAACCGGCUGCUGAGAUCACCUGGAUCGAUGGGCUUGGGAAUGUUAUGAGCAAGGGCAUCGAAUACGUCAAGGAACCAUUAACCGAUACGGGUCGCUAUACGGCCAAGUCUAUCCUUAAAUUAACUCCCAAAAAAGAACACCACAACACCUCAUUCACCUGCCAAGCUCAGAACACGGCUGAUCGUACGUAUCGAUCUGUCAAGCUUAAGCUGGAAGUGAAAUACGCACCAAAAGUUAGUGUUUCCGUCAUUGGGGGAGCACUUUCUGGAGGUAGAAUACCGGAGGGUGCCGAGGUACGCCUAUCCUGCCAUGCGGAUGCUAAUCCAAACGACGUCAGUUACAAGUGGUACAUUGGGGAUGAGUUGGUCGUUGGUGAUUAUACCACUGAAAUGAUCAUCCAUAAUGUUUCGAAGAAAUUUCAUGACGCUGUCGUAAAAUGUGAAGUGCAUAAUGCGGUUGGAAAAAGCGAAGAAAGUGAAAUCCUCGAUAUAAGCUACGGUCCGACAUUCCGAUCCCGGCCCAAAUCGGUGGAAGCCGACGUGGACAGGACGGUGACCAUGUCGUGCGAUGUUGAUGGUAACCCUUCACCGGAAGUCAUCUGGAUUCACGAAGAGUCCAAUCGAGUUGUGUCGACAUCCUCAAACAUCACUAUCAUCGCCUCAAGAGAUACAGCCGGAAACUAUUAUUGCAAAGCCAGCGUGAUGGGAUUCCCGGAAAUAGAGGCAGUGGCGUCACUGUAUCUUAAAGGUGCCCCUCAGAUUCGAUCGCAGCGACAGCAGUACGGAGCCGUGAACGAUAAUUCUCAAAUCCAGUGCGAAGCUAUCUCGGUACCGAAAGCGAAACAAAUUAUUUGGACCUACAACGGCUUGGAGAUCAACAAUGAGAACGACUACACAAUCCUCGAGAACCACCAACCGGAAGGAGUACGAUCGACCUUAAUCAUCAACAAUAGCCAGAAGCAACAUUUUGGCGUCUACAACUGUACCGUGAUUAAUGAAUACGGAAUGGACUCGAUAGAGAUCGAGUUUAAAGUUUCCAAAGAUACAAUAUUACUACCGGUCAUUAUUUUUGGUUCGAUCGGAGGAUUUGUGCUGGUGAUCAUAAUGAUCAUCAUUGCCAUGUGCUUCUGUGUUCGCAAAUCCAAGAAAAAACUUCCUCCGGCUGAUGUUAUACCAGAGCAACAUUACAUCACUGAAAAAGCUUGCAAAGAAAGUGAUCGAUCGUCCAAUGUAAGUGAUCUGAAAAUCGAUCGCGACCAUGAAUACUCGGAAACUUGCUCCGGAACCGAUAGCAUUGCAACUCGUCUAGCAAUGAACAUCCUAGGCUCGUCGAGUGGCAGUAAUAAUAGUGGCAAUGGAAAUAUCGUAGGAGGUGGUGGAGUUCCGCUGGCUGGUCCAGUGCGCAUUCCUAGCGAUUACAGGUAUUCGGGAGAUUUCACCGACGGUCUUGGUACACUGCAAUCAAAAAUAGGGCAAAGUAAUGGAGGUUAUGUGCCCUACGUGGAUUAUGCACACGACUACAAUAUGCCCCUGCAUGUGAACACCAAUGGUCAAUUGCCAAACGGAAAUUUGAGUCUAACUCGCAAUCGGACUGAGCUCCGACAGGACAACGGACUUCCUAACAUCGGAAGUGGAAUGGGAACGCUGUCAAACAGCCUUAUGAACACUUCUUUGAUGACUGCUCCAAGUAUAGACCCUCGGUACAGCGCCGCAUACGGUAACCCUUAUCUGCGCAACAGUACUGCUCAGUUGCCUCCACUUCCACCGCCAAGUACGGCAAAUCCGGCAGUUACACCAGCUCCGCCACCCUACAGUUUAGGUCGUGGUCAGAACUCACUGCUCUCGAUGGGAGUGAAUCUGGGUGUCGGGAACAAUCUCAAUAGCGGUAGUAUUGUCGGAAUCACUUCCGGACUGACAAGUCCCGAGUCCAUCCGAUCUUCGUCUGGUGCAAACACUAGCAUGGACCAGACAUCUCAACAAAGCCAACCGACCCCAACUCUGCCGACGUCCGGAACGAGUCCCGGCCCGGGACAGUUUAUUCUUCCAGCGAACGGGGAUCUACGGAAAGGAGCCCUAGCAACACACGUUUAGCGUAAGCGUUCUCGUACUCCAUUGUUAUCCACUGCCUGUUCGGCUUAGGUGUAUGUGAGCAGCGUCUAUCCAUAGUCCUAAAAGUGACAGCUUUCCCCAGCGAUCACACAGAUACACUCAACUGAACAUUGUAAAUGGAAUGUGUUAUCCUUAUUUAUUUCCUUUCUCUUCUAUACGUACAUAAAGUAUUGAAAUGCGUAUUGAAUCUUCAUGAAAAUUACAUUUUAUCUCAAAUCCGUUCGACUCCAGCACGCGUUACGCUGGAUCAGUAAAUGCCCAAUCCCUAAUAAAAAACCAACUUCAGUUGAAUAUGUAAUAUUCUGUAACGAAAAACGAAUUUGCCACUGUAUAAUCAAGGAUCUUCUCAUACCGCAGCCUCACCAACCAACCACACGUGUGUGUUCAGUAUAGCGCAUAUCUAUCCCCCUGCCUUGCCAUAUACUCCGCUGUCGCGAUUAUAUCACCUUUCCCUCUCCCCACGUCAACAACAAUCUUCUACAAUUUGUAUAAGAGACGAAAAAUGCGUGGCCUUAUUAGUCGAAACUAAAAGAUAAAACCAGACGAAAAACAAAAUAGAAGUUGAAAUUGGAUAGAGUUUUUUUUCUUUUAAACUUGUUCUUAGCGGAAUCUAUUAUAAUCGAAAAUUCGAAAUUUUAUCGUAGCUUAACGGAAAAUUCGGCUUGAGCUUUAAAACUUUUUAGCAAAGAGAAACAAGAAAGUAUAUCGCUGUGCAACAUGGAUAUCUAAAAUUCUGUAAUAUCUUUAAACACACAACUACGGCUGAGAUUUAAGCAUAGCACAGGAACCCUAUAAGCGUGAGUGUUUUGACUUUGUUGAUGAUAGUACUGUUAUUUCAACGAAAAUAAAAAAAACAAAAGUUGCAUUUGUGGUUUACGCUUUUAAAAGUUUUGCUGGAGCGAAAAAUUGAAAAAGAUUUAGCGAAGAUAAAAAGGAACCUUGUCCGAAAGAAGUUUCCACUAUUAGACAUACUCAGACAGAACGAACGCAGAGGCAAGAUGUAGAAACGAGAUUUCAUAUACGUAUUAAGUUUUUGCCAAUACCAUCCCACUACACAAUAGAUAGAACCUUUUUAACGAAAUAGCUCGCCCUCACCCUCUAUUAGAGACGAAAACACAGACGAAGCAGAUUAGGGGAGAGAACAGAACGGCGAAACAAACACACAACGUUGUUAGGAAAAACUCGUUUCCCUUAAUAGAACAGAGUAUCGCUCAGGUACAAUGCAAUCGCUGGCAACUGUUUUCCCUUCACUGAGAGAUGGGAGAUGAAAGCUGGUUGUCGUUGCAUCGUUUGCGAAGCAGAAAAUAAUGAAAUUCAAGCUAGCAUUACAAAGAUGAACUAGCAUUAGAUGGAACGUACUCCUGUUUGUGAGUGUGUAUAAUACACCAAAUUUUUUUUUAUUGUCCUUAAGUUUUAGCAAACAAGCGGUGGGAAAUUUUAAGAAAUAUUAAGAUAUAAGAGAUAAACGCAAAGAUCCCCCUUGACUGAUAAGUAGUUAUUCUUUGCAGGUAUAUAUUAUAUACAUAGCUAGUGGUUUAAGUACUUAGUUAAAAAAUUAUACAGUUUUCGCUGCUGACACAAAGCAUCGUUGUGGAUUCUUAAGGAAUUGUAAAUAGUGAAAUUUUAACUGAAGCAAAUCGCAGGAAAACGAAAUGCAUAUAUUACUUCUAGUGAUCUGAGAAACUUUUAGAUAGUGCAAGUAAACGAAUCUUUGUAAAAACCGAAAGAUAUUUCAUUAGACUUGUAACCCCUGUCAAUUGUAUAUAGAAACAAAAAUCUCUCUAUAGGCCAUAAGGAUUUGAAGUCAAUUGAUUCUCAUAUAGAUAAUACAAAAAUAAACAAAACGCUGAUUUUGACGAAAAUUAA